GAGGACCCUUAAAAGAUCGACGGCGGCUCUCAAGUUGUCAUUCUCGAUUCUUUCCGUCGUUGCUAUGAAACAAGAGGCGCGCGUGCUGCCAUGGAAACUUAACCGGCGCUUAGAUCUUUCGAGAGCGAGGCGGCCGAGAAACGAAGCCUUGGCGUGGCGGCGCCUCCACCAGCUGUAGCUUUCCGCAGCUUCUUGCCGCUGAACAGCAACUUGCCGUUAGAGCAGAAGAGCCGCUUGAGCCAGAGGAAGGGGGACGAGGUUCCCGCUCCAAGCGCGGGGAAGGGGAUUAGUGGGGGCUGCUCCUUUAUUUGCGGUACGGUACAUUUAUGCUCCCCUUUCUGCAGAGAGCUUAUUUGAACAACAACCCUACGAGAUAGGUUGCAACUAGAGAGAGAGAUUAUUCUAGUUUGGGACCUUGAAUAACCAUGCCUGUCCCAGAUGUUAUGUUCUGUGCACAACAGAUUCAUGUUCCACCUGAACUGCCAGAUAUUAUGAAACAAUUUACCAAAGCAGCUAUUAGGACCCAACCACGUGAUGUUCUCCAGUGGUCUUAUGGGUACUUCUAUGCUUUGUCAAGAGGAGAGCCUCUUCCUGUGAAAGAACGUGUUGAAAUGCCAGUUGCCACACAAAAAAAUGAUACUGGUUUGACCCCUGGCCUCCUUAAAGUUUUGCACAAACAGUUGUCUCAAAAGAAGACUGUGGAUUUAAUAGAGCUCCAUAAAAAGUGGAAGAAUUUGUGCUUACCAAUAGAACAACUACGUAAUCUUCUUCGAUUAGACAGCUUUGAAGAUGGAAUAGAAUGGAUGAAAUUUUUUGCCCUGGGCUGUAGUGCUCUUGGUGGAACCCUGCUCAGUUCAAUGAAGCAUGCAUGUGAAAUUCUGACGAAUGAUCCAGAGGGUGGACCAGCCCGUAUUCCAUAUGACACUUUUACAUUUCUCUAUUCUUAUUUGGCUAGCUUAGAUGAUGAAAUAACAGAGGAAGUAUCCGAGUCUUUUCUCAAGUCUCUUAAAGAACAAGUGGCACGUAAGGAUUAUAUGGUUGGCACUGCAGAUUUCUCCACUGUAAAAUUGAUGCCUUAGAACAGGAAUAUAGCAAAACGUCAUUUCAAAUAUGUAAUAAAAUUAGAGUUUUCAUUAAUGUAAUGUCUAACGUGCUUUUCAGUUUGUGAACUACCAAUAAAAUGUGUACCACCUGA